UCUUCUUUGGGAUAGUUUUUCCAUAUCCGCUGUGAGUGUCUAAGGACAGAGGGAUGUCGUAUGCUGUAAAGCCCUCUAAGGCAAAUUGUCAUUUAUAAUACGGGCUUUAUUAAUGAAAUUAAAUUGAAUUGAAUUAUCUGUUUACAGUCAGCUCCAUUUGUUGUCAUGGAGAGACUGUAGCCUACACACACCACCUUAACAACAGUUUGCCAAGCUGGUAUAGAAAUGCAGGCACAAAGGAAGAAGUAGACCUACUUUUAAACACUGUGAAAGACUUGGAUCCCAGCAAUUAAGCUACCUUUUCAAGAAGGAGGUUGAAUUGAUGGAAGAGAGAGGCUGAGCUCGCACGGUCCAACAAAUCCACCAACGGAAACAAAAUGGCGGCUGGCUGGUGACAAGUAGUCUCGAAUGACAAACGGAAUCCUGGAGCAGGAGAGGGGGUCAGGAGUUCUGAAAUCAGAAGAAGUCACCACAGUGCUACACUGUAACAGAAGAUGAAGACUACUACGAAGGCCAGAGCUUGUACGAGAAGAGAGUACGUCGCCAUUUUCUUCUUUCUGGUUGUGGGUGUCCUAAUCUUUGUGCAACGCAACAUUGAAGUUCUGAAGUUUCACCACACAGUGAACCCCACCAUCAUCAUCCCAAGAGUUUUCACUGAGCCCGACAUGCAUUACAACUUUUGCACCUUCAGGCCACUGUUCCCCGAGGACGCUUUGGAGAACCGCUUUCUACUAGACACCAUUGCCUGGCCUGACGCUCCACUUUUGUCAGCUCCCUUUUCUGUGGAGAAAACCAGUGAUCCAGCUCACAGUAACUUCACCAUCGUCCCACAGAGGGGAGGAGGAGAGUGGCAUGUGGGGGAUCAGCUGGAGGUUACCAUCAAAAUGGCUGACUUCCAGGGCCGUCCCAGGAAGUCUGGGGGGGACUUCCUACUCGCCCGGCUGCACAAUCAGAAGCUUGGGGCAGGUGUGGUUGGGCAGGUUGUCGAUCAUCUCAAUGGGAGCUACACUGCUGCGUUCUCUUUACUCUGGGAAGGAGACGCACAGGUUCAGGUGAUAAUGGUUCACCCCAGUGAGGCUAUCGCAGUGCUGAACAGGCUGAACAGAGAACGACCUGACAGCCUUUACUUCAGGAGCCUCUUCCGCUCAGGCUUACUCUUAGAAACUGCCAUGUGUAACGUCUGUCUGCGUCCAAUAAAGCCGCUGUGCAACUACACUGACCUGCGCACAGGCGAGCCUUGGUUCUGUUUCAAACCAAAGAGCCUGAGCUGUGAUGCCAGGAUCAACCACGCCAUGGGAGAAAACAAACUAAACAUCAACGCCAAUGAAACUAAGCUCUUUAAAAGUGGUGUCAACCUGAAAGUCUACAUUCGUGCUUCAGGACCUACUGGUAUCACUGUCUUGCCAAAAAAAGAAGGUCAACCCGAAGUGAAGAGCAGCAGUGUGACAUCCGGACCCUCUGGAUAUUACUACCAAGGUGUGUGGCAAGCACUAAAGGGCACCACAGUUCGUGAAUUUAACGUCUCUACCAUCGAACAGUGUCUGAAAGGCAAGAUGGUCCACAUGUACGGAGACUCCACCGUCAGACAGUGGUUUGAAUACCUUAACGCAGCACUACCAGACCUAAAGGAGUUUGACAUGCACAGCCCGAAGAAAGCUGGACCUUACAUCUCCUUGGACUAUGCAAACAACAUCUUGGUGAGGUACCGCUUCCACGGCCCACCUAUCCGUAUUGUCCCUGUUUCAACCAGCGAGCUUCAUUACAUUGCCAACGAACUAGAUGGCUUGAUUGGAGGCAGCAACACUGUGGUAGUUUUUGGCAUCUGGGCUCACUUCGGCACUUUCCCCAUUGAGAUCUACAUCCGGAGGCUGCAGAGCAUCCGCAGGGCGGUGGUGCGGCUGCUGGACAGGGCUCCAGACACACUGGUUGUCAUCCGGAUAGGGAACCCCAAAGCUUUGACACCCUCUGUGUCGCUAUCCAACAGCGACUGGCACUCAUGGCAGUGUAACAGGGUGCUCCGAGCUAUGUUCAAAGGACUGAAUGUUCAGCUGAUCGACUCCUGGGAGAUGGUCCUAGCCCACCACCUGGCACACAACCUCCACCCACCACCUCCCAUUAUUAAGAAUAUGGUUAAUGUUCUAUUGUCCUACAUAUGUCCUGAAAAGCCCAGCUAAAUGUGUGUUUGUGUGGGUUCAGAAGUGGCCUUUAAAGCACAUACUACCUUUUUCAUGUUUUCUGUGUUUCUACUAAGUGCUGCGUUUUGUCUUCAGCAGUCCUCUCACAGGGUAGAGUAAGUACAAUUUUUGUCAUCUGUUUUUAAUCAGGGAAUGUUUAGUGAGCACAAAAGAAACAGAACUGGGUGGAAAGCAGCUCCAAGCCAUGUCAGGGUUGAGUGUUACAAAUAACCACGACUGAAUCCAAAAGUAACCCUUCAGACAUGGUACCUACUGUAGACUCUAGGUCCACUUAGUGUUUCGACCACAAACUUAAAUGUGGGCUGGGUUGUUGUCACUCACUGUAUUUCCUCCUUUAUCAGUCUGCACCUCAUUUGGCUGCAGUGAGAGUCUCUCUUAAUUGGAUAUUUAAAAAAGCAGGUUUGUGCAUUUAUUCCUUCUCAGGCAAGCUCAGGGUUUAGUGUUGCUGUAGCCCCCAGGAACAACGCUUGCGACACCUUUUUUUGAGCAUUAGAAUAUAUGCAGUUCACAUAAUCAGAUCGCAAUUAAUAAAAAAUUUUGAACGCUUGAAGAUCCACUCUUUACUAAACGUGUAGAGAGACAGUUGCAACUAAAGUAGUGGUCAGAGUUGUCAUAUUGAAAUUUAAGGUGUGCUGAUGAAUUCACGUCGUCAGCUGAUGCAUUGAGUAACAUAACAAGUCAAUGUUCCACCUUAAAAGUCGCAGGCAGUCGGCCCAGCGACUUAUUUUUCUCUCAGACUCCAGCUGCUGUAAGAGGCAGCAAAACAUCCUUUCGUUUUAUAGUUCCAGUUUACUAAUAAAACUCUCCACAGUAUGAACAGUGGUUACAUGAGUUUCAAAGCCAGCCAGAACUCAGCCCUGAGCAGAGUGACCGUCCUCUAUUGACCAAUCAGACUGCAGUGUUCACAGCGCCACUUUUUAGUACCAGAUCUGUGUGCUAGGUACCCUAACAGAGGAGGGGAAAAAAGCGUACCGAACUGAACCGUGCUGUACUGCUCGGUGGAAACGGCUAUACACUGAUCAGCUACGACAUUGAUACCACUGACGGAUAAAGACAACAACAUUCAUAAUCUCAUUAUAAUCAAUGUUGGGCUUGUUCCUGCAAAUAUGCAAUUUAUUACUCCUUAUUCAUUACACUUAUGUAUCAUUACUUUACUUACUACUCCCUGCAAACAGUGAUUUGUUACACUACUUGUUAAAUUAGUUUUCCGUUCCACCCCCAAAAUAUUACUAAGCUAAUUGUGUCCUUUCUGCUGAAACUUUUGGUCUACACUAAGUGCAGCUAAGGCUAGAUAGCUUGCAAAUAAUUUUUUACAUGGGGUCUAUUGUUGCCUUUUGAUGGGUACUUUACCAAAGAUCAGUCUGAAAGACAGAGAGUCAGUUGUGGAGAAAGGCAACAUUUCAUCCGCCACAUAUUCAACCACAACUGCCAUUAAUUCUUUGUAGUCUGCAGCUGUCCAUGAUUCAAAUCCAGUUAUGGUUCUAUCCUCCACGGCUGAGGAAAGCUCACCUUUGAUGGGGUGUAUAUCCAUGAGCGUCACAUUGUUGUGCUAUGGUUGUUGAUGUUGGUGUUUCAGCUUUAAUGUUGUGGGUUUUGCAAUGUUAAGAGUCUUCGGAAAGGAAAUCAAAGUAAUGGAAAUAUUCCUAGCCCCUGAAUGUUAAGUGUUUCUGUCAUCCAAGUUUGCUGCUCGAUGACAUACAUGCAUGAUGAUUAUGAAAAUGAAUCUGGGGAUAUGAUUGAUCGUUGAAUUUCAAGUCAGUCGUGGAGUGAUAACAAAAAUAAAGUUGCAACGAGUCAUUUGUUUUGGGGGGUAACUGCGAUUUUAUUACUGAAAUUUUAUUAGUAAUUUGUUACACUACUCAUUACAGAGAAAAGUAAUAUUACUGUAAUGCGUCCUGCUCAACACUGCUUACAAUGCAAUGUGGAAAAUUGCAUUGUAAUCAGCUGGAAAAUCUUGGGUCCUGACAUUCACGUGGAUGCCAGUUAAAACAAUGUAGUCACUGUGGUUCAAAGUUUUUUUCUGUAAAGUGCAAUUACUGUUGUGCAAUUUUUUGCUACAAAUAUACCUUAACCUAUGGCUGUGACUUCCAGCACUGAGCAGAAACCAGCGUUUUCCAGUGCUAACGGUUAGCUAACAGUAUGCUAAUCCUCUGUCCUAGAGCAAUUGGGAAAUAAAACAGGUGGAACACACCACCUGUUACACCUGAAACGGGAUAACGUAAUCACACCUCUGCCAUCUCUGACAGCCAUCUCACAUCUUUGGUUGUUUUCGUUUGAUCUUGCUCUGUUAACAUAUUAUUUAACUAGCUUACAGUAAACAUCUACUCCUUCUAAAGCUCAUUUAUGAUUUCUUAGGACUCUUUCAUAGACAGUAACACGUUCCACGAUCAGUCAACAUAAUUUGGUAUUAUUUUUUUCAUCUCAGGAGGUUUUCAACAUACUAUUUUCUAGAGAUACAUCAGAAAUUAAGGAUAUAGUGACACAUGAUGACAAAUAUAUGCAAUAUGUUUUAAAGCACUACUUUUUUCAGUGAUGUAAGUUAACUAGUCAUGAAAAAUAAACAUGUUUUUUGUUGAAAAAAGGCCUGCCACUUUUACUAUUAGGUGGUCUGUGCAUUCAGAUUUUUCAUCCAUUGGAACGAACAGAAAAAAAUGACAACAGAAUAUACUGAUCAAAAACUUUUUUUGCUUAUGAUUUAUGAGGGCAUAUAGAGUAGAACUCCCCUGUUACAAUAUUUUUUGUGUUUGGACAGGUUAAAUAUCUGUCUUUAAUAUCUGUAUAUUGUCAAAUUACUUUUGAAAAGAGCUGAAGUUGGCGGUUAGCCACCAAGAGGAGCCAUUAGGACUAGUUAAUGAGACUAAACUAGCUUACUGCAACAUCUGCUGUCUCACUGGAAGCUGCAUCCAUCAUUUCUUCAGUAGCAACCUCAGGAAUAAGGUGGUGAUAAUUCUGCCAGCAGCAGCUGCUAUGAGAAACAGAAUGUGCACCUGAAACCACCUGCUGGUGACAGAUUAUUCACCUCAAAGCUCUGCUGCGGUAUCAGCCAUUAACAGGACACAGCAUAGACUAAGUGCCACUAGUUACUUUUACCUGGACUUGCCUCAUUAGACCUUUUUCUGGACAUGUUGACAAGUCACAGGGGUAAAAACACUGGUGUGGUUCAUAUAUAAAGGGCCCGUUCAAUUUAGGUGGGCCAGCUCUGGGGUCCUGGUAUGGCUCAAAAUGAAAACACAUCUAUAGUAUCAAUCUGCCCACCUCUAAUGUAGUCAAAGAGUCAAACUUUUAAGGCCUCAAGGAAACAUACAUGUAAAAACAACUACCUUAAACCUGACACAAUUUACACACAUGUAAAUCAAGUUUAAUGUGACUGUAGUUUAACAGUAGACAGAAGUUGGAUCACAAAAUUGGAUUUUUCUAAAGAAAUCUCUAUAAAUGGUGACUUCUACCUGCUGUGACUGAAGCUGUGUGACAACCAUAAUGCUUAAAG